UCUCUCUUCCUUGAAUCGUUUUUUGUUCACUUUUUCAACUUUUUUUGUAAAACAACAUUAACCAAUUGAUAAACAGUGUCAACGUUAUUUUUUCACUUUGGUUUUGUACUUUUUUUUGUUUACCUUUUUUUAAUCCAUUUUUCAAUCAUUGACAUUUGAAAAACGCUUCACCAUUUAUCCUCAUCAGUUUUGUUUUUUUCGUUGUUUUCGUCUGUUCGACUGGUUACAACUGUUUUCGUCUCAUCAUUCAUUUACUCAAUCAACUGCGGAUUUUACUACUUAAAUGAAUCAAUUGUGCAAAGUUUGCGGUGAACCAGCCGCUGGUUAUCACUUUGGUGCCUUUACCUGUGAAGGAUGUAAAUCUUUUUUCGGUAGGACUUAUAAUAAUCCAUCAACCAUUGGAGAGUGUAAAAACAGUAAUCAAUGUGUGAUCAACAAAAAAAAUCGCACUUCAUGUAAAAGUUGUCGAUUAAAAAAAUGCCUUGCAGUUGGAAUGUCCAAAACAGGAUCUCGUUAUGGACGUCGAUCAAAUUGGUUCAAGUUACAUUGUGCUCUUGAUAGUCAAAAUAAUCAAAGCAGUUUAACAGGCAACUCCAAUGGGCCCAUUCAGAUCAGUGAAUCGUUCAAUGAAAAUAAAGAUCUCGUCAAUCAAAUUAAAGCUGAAGCCAACUCGAGAGAUUUACUUAACCUCAAGAGUCCCACCAUGAAUGGUUCCAACAAUCACGCCAAGAGCAACAAUAAAAAUAGUUCAACAAACAAUUUAAAUGGUAACUGCAUCAACCAUACACUUCACAAUAUAACUAAUCAUAGUAAUGUGUUUACAAGCAAUGGAAAUGCUCGUGUCAACAACACUAGUAAUAAUAAUAAUAAUAACCAUUCUUCACCUGGACUUGCACCUUCCAAUGGACAAUCGCCACUUGAGACGAGUGAAGGUUUAGCCAACCUUAAUCUUCCCGAAUCUUUCUCAAUGAUUCAAACUGUUGCCAAAGCUCUGGGAUUCUCUCCUUUUGAUCCAAUCAAUUCCUUCAUGUUGCAACGAAACGGUGAACCCAAAGUAGACCUUAAACUGUUCAAUGCUGCAGCCGCUGUUCAAGCCUCAUCCUCCAAGUCUAAUCAUUAUUCACAGUUUAUCCAUCCAUUGAACAUUUCCUCAUCUUCAUCUUCCUCACCGCCACUUGCCACCUCGGGUCAGGCUUCACGGGUUAACCUAUCCACAUCAGCCAUUGGGUCAACAAUGACAACCUCACUGUCCAACUCUUCCAGUCCAAAUGUAACCCCAAAUGGGAAUCGAGUAGACACUCCCAAUGGUAACCUCAACUUUCCCUAUCAUCACCCUUCCACCGGUGGCAGUCCUCUACACCAUCCUGGUCACCCUGGUCUACCCAUGUCUCCCCUUGGAUCGACUCUUGAUCCUUCCUCGAGACUACUCUUUGCUGCUCAAUUGUUUGGUAAAGGACUCAAUGUUUUACCCAAAGAAUUCAAUAACAUUAACAACUAUUUCCUCAAUCCAAGUUAUAAUCGUUUCCUUCCAAUUGGAUCCAUUAAUCAUCUUGCAAAGUUGACAUCAGCCUCACCCAACCUCAACAUCAAGUCAACACCACCUUUAACCUCUGAACUUCUCUAUGAGCAAGAAAGGCCAAUUGAUUUGUCCCGUAAAGCGUCCAACAUGAAGAGCUCUUCCAAGUUAACCAAGUGCAUCAAACAAUCUGUUGGCUCAGAAGAUGAAGAAGACGAAGAAGAUGAAGAUGCAGAAGAAGAUGAAGACACUGAACUGUGCCUUCACGAUGACAACAACAAUGCAACAAGAGACGAGGGGAGCAAGAGCAUGAUGGGUGAUCAUGAUUCAGGAUUUUCACCCUCUUCCAACGAGGACAAUAUUGUAGCCACAACACCACUUGACCUUACAGCCAAAAAGUCACCAACUCCACCACCUUCAGUUGCAGCCCCAAUACCACUGCCCAAUUGAGUCACCCAGCAGGACAACAACAAAAAGGUCACUUCAAACUGUGUCUCUAGCAACAAAACCGAGUCCAAGUUUUAUUCAAACAAAAAUGAAAACAAUUGACAUCAUUUGAUCCUUUCCAUCAAAAAAAAGAGUCACUAACAAAGACAUUUCUUCCAAUUUCGUUGCCAUUUGACGAUCUCAUCCAAAACGGUAUUCCGUUAGUUUCCAAAUUAGAGUAACUCUUCUUCCUAAUCUUGUAUCAUUAAUUCAUAAGAAUCAUCAUGAUCAUCAUUCUAUUCAAUCUUAAUCAUUUAAAAAUAUGCAAAAGAACCUUUUUUCCCCUCAUUUUCAAGCAUUUUAAUGCAAACCUUUUUUGUAUCUUAUUGUCUCACCAACUUUUAAUGUCAAUGCUUUUUUUCAAUUUAAAUGUAUAAUCAUGAUGAUAACCAUGAUGAUGAUUAAACUAAUGAUUCUGAAUUGAAAAGAAGGUAAAAAAUAUUGUUGAACAAAAUGGACUCCAGCAACUUUGGAACUGCAAAGGAAAAGGAAAAAAAAACCAAAAAAGUUAUUUUGUCUAAUGAUAUGCAAAGAAUGGAGAAAAUAUUUAAUUAAUUGUUUCGCCAAUCGUCCAAACUGUACAAAGAAAAUACGAACAAAAAGUUGAAUCGAAAACAAAAUCGAAAUAUUUUUCUUUUUCACAGAUUUUUUCAUCUUCCAUCAUUGUAACAAUCAAGAGUUUUGCUUAUAAAAAAAACACCCAAAAUUGAGUCAAUUAAAAAUUUAUCACAAUUCCUUUCCCAAACAUAUUUAAGUGCAAUUAAAUUUGUUAAUAACAAUUGUCACCAAUUUAUCCUCUUCAAUCACAAUGUUUCCAUUUUCUGUCCAAAUCACUUUAUACCUUUUUUCAUCACAAAUUAUAUAUAAAAUGAAUCGAUAGAUGAGCUGAAAAGUCUUGUCCAAUAAAAAAUUUCAUGAAAA